UGUCAAGCCGUUACAUCUGCAACGCCGUGCCAUUUCCUCUGCUACGGCGAGCCGUUUCAGGUGCAUGGUUUCGCUGUCGGUUUAAGCCGUUUCUGAUAUCAGGACGAGCCGUUUUCGCUGUCAUGUAGUGCCGUUUCCGAUGUCACGUCGAGCCCUUUGACGGCGCGUGUUCCAAUAAACAACUAUUCCCCAUAUCAAACAAAAUUCAAGUCGGGUCAACAAAAGAAGAGUGCCGUUUCCUCCCAUGUGACCAUCACUUUCCCAUUUUCAAACCAAUUCUCCACGUUGGAGCAAAGCAAAGGAGUAGAAGACCGCAACUUUCAACAUUCGAAAGAUCGUUGACUCUUCCGGGACCACUAAUCUGACUUCUUCGACAAUAAUUGUGGGCCCCCCACUAUGGACUUCAACCGACACGAGAACAUGCCGAAUGAUUUCGAGAAUAUUCCAAACGACCAAGAGAUGCAAGAUGCUUUCAUGGACCCCCCUUUGUGCCCGCAAAUAACUAUUAAAGUACGAGAGAAGUGGUUGGUUUUAAAAAAUUUGCGUGAAGUGAUGACUCCGGCGGUUGAAACAGCUAUUAGGCAGACUUGUUUCGAUCCAUUUUUAGAUAAUAGGUGCACCAUAUGCGAUAGCCUUCUUUUAUAUGGCGUUGCACAACUACAAAUACCGACGCCUUUUCCCCGUAUUGGGAUUUCGUAUAAAUUACGAGGGCAGCUAUUUACAUUCACCCCGAAACAGUUUUGUUUAAUAACGGGGCUACGUUUUGGGCACAGUUCCUGGUCACCUAUAGACCAUCCGAACUCAUUUAGGAACAAAUACUUUGGAGCUGGAUCAACUGUUAAUUUUGGCCAAAUAAUGAACAUGUUCGGGAACAUUAGCCAGUUUAAUGAUGCUGACCGCACGAGGAUAUGUCUUCUAAUGCUAAUCGGUCAAGGUUUUUUGGGUUGGCAAAAAACCAAUGCAGUUGAUAAUAUGAUUUUAGACCUUGUGGAUAACUUAGAAGAAUUCAGACAAUAUCCAUGGGGUAAUUAUUUUUGGGAAAGUACUUAUAGUGCUAUAUACAAUUUGUGCAAUCGGAAAAUGGAUGAAGCUAAAGGUUUUUCUUUAGCUGGAUUUGUGUGGCCGUUCAAGAUGUGGGUGUUGGAGACUUUUCCUCAUUUUAAGAAUUCAAGGGAAUGGUAUCAAGGUGAGACGAUUCCAAGAUUUUUGGGAUGGAAAGAAGGCAAGAAGUUUAUGAGGAGCAGUGUCGAUUCAUUGCUACAAACAGCUGCAAACAAACGUGAAUUUAGGCCGUCUUUGGUUAUAUUGCCAACUCAACAUGAGUUGCAAAGCGCGUGGUAUUUGUCUAGUUCAGAUUAUUUAGACGCUGAACGUCGGAUGUAUGCCAGUGCAAUGCCGGGCGAGAAUCCGGUUGAAAGGGCCACAGAAAUACCCAUUCAAAUGCCCACAGAAAUACCCAUUCAAAUGCCCACAGGAUUCACGGGUCAAAAUCAACCAGAAAUGCAGGCCGCCCCAGGUGUCGUCACACAAGAACAACUUGCGUAUGUAAUGGGGGCUCUGUUUGGUCCCGAUGGGACGAAUGAAGGUUAUAAUCCGGCAACGGAUCGAGAUGAGAUUCCACAACAGAAUUUUGUUCCCCCCCCCCCCCCGAACCCGUUUCGAUCAAAUUACGAGAAUGACCCGAUUUCACAGUUUAAAUCAGUCUUGGACGAGAGGCUGCUAGAGAACAACCGGAGACUUACCAAUAUGUUCAUGGGAGAGUUUUCUCAAUCGUAUCGAUGUUCUCCAAAGCAAAAAACGGUCAGGACUCCGGUGACCGUACGAACACCAAAAGAAGAGGCACACACUCAGAGUGAUAAUGCUGUUGCCGAUUCAUUUAUCAAUUACGAUAAUGCCUACCACGUCUCUAUGAGCCCGAUGGUGAAUGAAGAUUUUAAUGAGGAUCCUGAAAUAAUCAAACUGAGACGAUCCGAAAGGCUUGUAAAGCCCGCAGCAGCUGUGCUAUCCCCGUAUGUGGCUUACAAAAGAUUGAAAGAUAUAAAAGCCAAAAGGUUAAGAAACGAGGAUAGACAAAUUGAAUUCAUCAAGCACUGGUAUCCAAAUUGCGGCAGUAAACAUCUUUCCCUAAUAGUUGGGAAUUCUGUCGGUCCAAAUUUUUGGGAGUCGUUGCUGGGCAUGGACGGUCGCGGCUGGUUAAGCGAUGAUCAUAUAUUUGGGUGGAUGAUCCACAUGUAUCAUUCAAGAAAUGAAAGUGAUCGGUGGAGUAUUCUACCCCCAUAUUUUCAAAAUUAUUUUCGGUACACGGCCGUCGACCAUACCUGUAAAGGUUACUUUACUGGGCAGGUUGACCCUUUUCCAUCAAUACAUACUGUUGACGAGGUUUACGUACCGUUGUAUAUAGAAGGUGCUCACUGGUUUUUAGGCGUUUUCAACCUGCUCAAUUACACGCUAAUGAUAUACGACAGCCUUUUAAAUGCUUUCGAAAAGGAAAGAACGGAUGUGGUGUGUCAUAUAAAUUUUGUCCUUGACCACUGGCUACGAAUUCAUGGUUACAAUGCCCACAGACCAUUACCGUUAACUUACCCUUUCCGAGUUAUUUAUGCAACCGAUGCUCCUCAGCAGUCCGGAGUUUUGGGAGACUGUGGGGUUUGGGUUUGCAUAUUUCUUGAUAGGUUGAUAAAUAAAAAACCGUUGAACAAUGAUAAAGAUACUCAGAAAACAGCGGAACGUAUGCGACGUCAACUUGCUUUACUAUUUUAUGAUUCCGUGUUACCAGAUACAACAACUGGCAACAACCUUGGUGAUGAUGAUGAUCCCGUAUUAGAAAUGUAA